AUGACAGUUGACAACAAACCCACUAACGCACGCACGCAGCACCGCCCCCCUUCCUCCAGAGAGUUCCGUUUCCCUUCUAUUCCUCCUCUUCCUCGCAGGAGAAACAGCAGGCAAUCCGGGCGAAUUGAUAGGGAAGACGAGGAGCAGCGAUGGCCGCCGCCGCUCGAGCCCGAUGGCGGCUCCUCGCACUGCCCUGGCGCUGCUCCUCGCAACCGGCUCGUCACGCGGCCUCGACGCGGCGCCCAAGAGCCCCCCGUCCCCAAGGCCAUCUCCCUGAGCCCCCCCACUCCCAGCGCUGCUCCUCACGACCGGCUCGCCGCGCGGCCUCGACGCGGCGCCCAAGCCCCCCGUCCCCAAGGCCAUCUCCGGACGCGCUGGUGGGCCCCGCGGUGGCGUACGAGUUCGACAUGGAGGUCGGGAGGAAGGUCGUGCCGGUGCGCCUGCUCGAGGACGUCAACCGCUGGGACUUCGUCGACCUGCCCAUCUUCCGGUCCCAGGCCGACGCCGACGACACGGCGCUCGCCGAGAUCGGACGGGGGAGCUUCGAACCCACACUGCCGCCCUUCUAGCUCGCCGGGCCCAUGGAGCUUUGGAUCCAGGACGGCGACGACGUCAGGCUCGUUUUGCCGGAUCAAAUACCACCAUUUCCUACUCGUAAUGCAAUCAGGACCAUCGAGUCUGAACUGGGCUCUCGAAUGUCUGAUCUAUUUGCUGAUAUCAGUCCAGCGCCAAUUGCAGCAGCAUCACUGGGGCAAGUAUACAAAGUCAUGCAGUUCAUCUAAACUCUGGAGAGCUUGUCGCAAUCAAAGUUCAGAGGCCUGGAAUGGCACCCUUGCUGACCCUCGAUGCACUUCUAUUCAAUAUGAUUGGAGGACAGCUAAAACGAUUUGCUAAGGCCCGCAAAGAUUUAUUGGUAGCUGUUAAUGAAAUUAAAUUCUUUCCUGAAUCUUGCAAUGGAGAUAGCGUCAAUAAUGGAGUUGAAGUUUUCCUCUAUUGUCUAUGAAGAAAUUCUUUCCUGAAUCUUGCAAUGGAGAUAGCGUCAAUAAUGGAGUUGAAGUUUUCCUCUAUUGUCUAUGAAGAAGACACGGGGAUGACAGUGAAUCAUCGAGUAAUAACCAAGAUCAGCUAGAUGUAUGAACCUGCCUCAUUGUGGCUGUGCGGAGACAUUGAUGAAGAUGAGUCUCUCAUGUCACCAUGAGUUCCACCUCGGAGAAUAUUAGGCAAAGUAAUGGCUCAAACAGGCAGGAUUAGGAGCUGAAGGAGUGAGUGGGUAAAGUCGAUGAGUGAAAAGGCAUCUUCACAAGCAGAAACUCCACCAUCACAUUUAGCAGCACUCGGGUAGAACCAAACAAGAGCUUUAUAUAGAUGGAUAUCUUUUAAUCAACCUGUACUGUGUUUAUUAGAGUGUUGUGCACAGAAAAAAAAUAUUUUCCCUAAGCAUACUGCUCCUUUUAUCAAUUGUUUAUGACUACAUAUGGAUGGAUGAUUAAAGGCGAGACUUCACUGGAAGAAAUAUAAGGGGAUAUUUCAGCUUUA